AUGACGAGCUGGUGGAGGAAAACGUCUCGCUACCUCUCAUCGCAUUCUAACUUUUUCAUUGUCACAGGUGGCAUCGUCGGUGGCGCCUACCUCGUUUCUCAGUAUGCUAUCUCCAAGUUCCAGCAGAUCCAGGAGAAGCUCGCCAAUGACAAGAACGCAAAGGAGAAUCUGCGUCGACGCUUUGCCCAGAAUCAAGAGGAUUGCACCUUUACCGUCCUUGCAUUGCUCCCAACCCUAGGCGACCAGCUCUUCUCAAAGUAUGAUGUAGAGCAGCUCACAGAAAGCCUCCGCUCUCAGGCUGCACCUCCUCCUGCUCCUCUUGUCGAGCAUCCAAAUCCCAGUCCUCCAAUCGACGAACCUAACCAGCAAGCUGAACGAGCUGUGCAAGAACCGCAGCAGCCGAUCCCCGCCGAACGAACUGCUACUCCCGACGCCCCAGUGCAGACGGAUACACCAUCUCCGCAGCUCAACCCUCUUGCGAAAUCUUUUGUCCCUGGGUCACAGUCUACGCCUCCUCCGAGCGCUGCAAUUGCUGAGGUUGCACCCACUCCAGACACUCGCGUCCAUCAAACAGAAACGCCGACUGCCAAUCCUGCCGCUGAAUCCGACACUGCCGUAUCAUCAGAGGACAGCGCCUCGCCCAAAGAUGCGGAACGGCUAGCGUCCGAAUCUGCACCAUCCCUGGAUCCUACCGACGCCAUCAAGGCCCCAUCAGCUCCGCUCAGCUCACAACCAUCCCACAUGGAUGCACAAGAGCAACGCAACAAAAUCCUCGCAGACAGACAAACCAAGCUCCGUCUGUGGAACGAUCUCAAGUGGACUGCCUUCACCCGCACCAUCACCUCGCUCUACUGCGUCGUCCUCUUGACUCUGCAGACACAUAUUCAGCUCAACCUUAUCGGAAGAUUCGCCUACCUCGCCUCCGUCGAAGCCUUGGCUCGCGAAGCCGACGACGCUUAUGAUUCGCAGGCCUCUGUCUCUGACCUAUCCCGCGGCCUCGACCACGACACCGAACGGCUCUACCUCACUUUCAGCUGGUGGUUCCUCCAUCACGGCUGGGACCGUCUUUCGGAUCGCGUCUCCGCCGCCAUCGACAAGGCUUUCUCACCGCUCUCUGUCAAGGCGCAGCUUUCCAUGGCUGACCUCAAAGCUCUUUUGAAUGACGCACGCUACCUCGUUGAGCAUGAGGCUCCCGUUCAACCGCACUCCGUCGAUCAAGCAGCACCGUGGCAGCGCUCCAACUUUUUGGACGUUCUUUUCCCCAAUUCGACUGAUCACGAGGUCGACGUCCUUGUUGGCGCAGGCGCCCUCGAUGCAGAUGACGCCCACUUUAGCCUGGCUACCAACUACAAGCUCCGUGCUCUCCUCGACGAGACAAAGGAUAUCAUCGAAUCAGAAGACUUUGGUUCCGUCCUCUCUCUCUGCAUCGACCGCGUCUUCGACACUUUCUUCGACAGUCUCAGCCCCGCUUUUGGCAUUCAAAAGACAGGACAGCUCGACUCUGCCAUCCAGGUCCAACCACUCUCGGCGCUCGAAUCCCGCUUCCAAGAGAUCACUGAAGAGAUGCAGCACGGCAAGCGCGUCCGUCUAGCCUCUCUCUUUCCCCUCGUCUCGCGACAGAGUCAGCUCGCCAUUCGUGGUGUCCCCAACGAGUACAUUGAGACCCUUGCCGACUCCAAGGAGCUUCGCGCUUUCUCUGCCGUCCUCUACGCCGCCUGGUCUUCUUUGUAA